CAUUUUUUAAAAAAGAUCUAGCCCGCCCGGGCACUUUCCGUCUUUUUAGUUUCCAAGUUUACCAAAUCCAGCCGGUCUAGCUGUUUGGGUGACAGCCGGAUCCAUCAAAACUGUGGGGUUAACCGUACUCUGCCGGUGCAGGUCUAGCCUUUGAGAUGACCUAAUGCGUAUCGGAUUAACCUGCUUCCUCAAUCCCGGGUCAGACACGCAUUGCCCAGGUGGCAACGUAAGCUGUAACUUGGGUAACUUUUUUGAAAGGUGUUAGGAUGUACCUCUUGGCUUCAACUGGACCUUUGGAGAAGCCACAUGUAGCUAAUUCCCAAGUCAACACCUCAAAACGCCGUUGAUCAUCUACAUUUGGCGCUACUCAUUUUUUUAUGAGUAGCCCAUCCGGUCUUUCUUCGCCAUGAAGUUCACUGCAGUUGCAGCUACCUGCUUCUCCUUCUUUUCGCAGGUCCUAGGCGAAUCCAACAUUUCUGAGCCCUCCUCGUCUAAAGUUACCCUUCCAGCUACCUUCAAGCCGCCGCAGGUGUUUAAGAAUGCCAACUUGGUACAUGUUAUCUCUCUAGAAAAGAACUAUGCGAAGGAGUCUAUAAACGUCUUAAUUGAGAACUCGUCACCUGACUCUCAAGAUGAAUACUUCCUACCCUUCACUAGCGACCAGAUGGAGAGGAUUGGAGGUAUCGAGGUGAAGGAUCGCAAGGCUGCUAGCGUCACAGGCUUUGCUGUGGAAGCUGUCGAAUUUGACCAAUUAAGCGACAUUCAGUACUAUCGCAUUCGAUUGCCUGCACCCUUGCCGGCCAAGGGUCAACAGACCUUAGGCAUCUCUUAUUACUACCUCAAUGCGUACGUGCCAUUGCCAGCUUUGAUUGACCAAGCUGAGAAGCAAUACCUGGUCUAUCAAUUCUCAGCGUACUGCCCAUCUGCCUACCCGACAUUGAAGCAGAAGACGGAAGUCAAGCUUCCAACUUCCGAUAUCCCCGACUACACCAAGAUAGCUGGGAGUGGUGAGACGAAGGAAUUCCCGCAGAAGCAGGGUUCGAAGCUUAUUUAUGGUCCGUUCCCCGAGGUACCAGCUGGUGCAGUGUCUCCAGUCAAGGUGCGGUAUGAAUUCACCAAGCCUGUUACGCACAUUUCGCAGUUAGAGCGCGACAUCGAAGUUAGCCACUGGGGCGGAAACAUUGCGUUUGAAGAGAGGUACACUCUUUACAACCGCGGCGCAAACCUCUCGGCUCAGUUCAACAGGGUGAAAUGGGCGCAGGCUCAAUAUUUCAAUCCUCAAACUUACGCCUUGAAGGAGUUGAAGUUCCCUCUCCGAGCCGGAAGCAAGGAUGCCUAUUUCACAGACGCUAUUGGUAAUGUGUCAACGUCUCGGUUCCGUUCCAAUAAGCGUGAGGCUGUACUUGAGCUCAAGCCUCGCUACCCCGUUUUUGGCGGAUGGAAGUAUCCGUUCACGAUUGGCUGGAACUCGGACGCUAAGCAAUUUCUAAGGAAGAAGUCUGGGGACAGCUUCCUAUUAAACGUACCUUUUAUCGAGGGACCUAAACAGGCCGAGGGUGUUGCGUACGAGCAUGUUCAGGUCCGCGUGCUCUUGCCAGAGGGUGCUGAGAAUGUUCGACUCUACACAACAGCCCCCGAGUCCUCCAUCACAGAUUAUUCGGUCGAUCUACAAAAGACGUACCUGGACACCAUCGGUCGCACAGUGCUAACGAUUAAAGCGAGGAACCUGGUAGACGACUUCCGAGACCGCGAUCUUAUCGUCUCGUACGAUUACUCGCUGGUGGCCAGCCUUCGCAAGCCAUUCGUCGUAUUCUCUAGCAUGCUGGCGGUUUUUGUAGGGAUAUGGGCACUCUCAAAAGUAGAUGUGAGCAUAUCGACGAAAUCAUGAAGGCGUUUGGUUCUUUUUUUCUCUAGGACGAGGUUAGGUAGGUACAUAUGCGCAUGUACAUUACAGGUUUUUCAAGGGUUUAAAGGAGGCCUGGAAAACACUCUAGAGCAACUUGCGGCUUAGAUAUGGCAUGAAUGAAUACAGAAAGUAAACUGCGUACUUUGUAUUGAUUUAUUAGUACUGGUCGUAGUGAGAACAGGCAGAGUGAAGAUUCUUACAACUAAUACGCUACCUACCUAGUUAAAUUUCG